GGCAGCGACCGGUGGGCGGGGACUUUGCGUAGAAGCUGUUUAUAUGCGGAGAUCUCCGGUCACUGGAGAUCAGUCACGGGAUUCGGAGAGUAGGUUGUGUUCUGUGUACGAGAACUGACAUUUCCAGCUGCGACAUCCAUCCAGGAAGAGACUAUAGCACAGCCGCCGCCAUGUCGGUCACCGUGAAAGCAUAUCUGCUGGGAAAAGACGAGAUCCAUAAGGAGAUCAGGCGAUUUGCUCUGGAGCUGGGCAAUGGCAAGUCCGCUGCACCAACCUCCAGCUGUGAACUGCUGAUCAGGAAGGUGACGGAAGUCUUCCAAGGCCUGAGAGGAGGAUUCUUCCAGAUGUUCUACAGAGAUGAAGAGGGAGACCUGGUUGCCUUCUCCACCGAUGAGGAACUGAAUAUGGGCCUUGAAAUCCUUAAUGAAGGCGUUUUUCGUGUCUACAUUAAAGAAAGGAAAGACUGUAAACGUGAGCACCGUGCACACUGCGGACAGGAGACUCCUCAGAAUGUGGUCCACCCUAAUGUGACCUGCGAUGGAUGUGAAGGCCCUGUGGUGGGGAACCGGUACAAGUGCCUGAUUUGUCCAGAUUAUGACCUGUGCAACACCUGCGAGGGGAAAGGAGUCCACAAGGAACACAACAUGAUUAUGUUCCCUACUCCCAUUGUAAGCAAUAAUCCUUUUCCUCGUGGGCGCUGGUUCCGCAAGAUGCACCACGGAGUGCCACCUUUCAACUGGAUGCAUGGCUGGGGUUACCCUGGCAGAGGCUUCCACUGCCCAAACUCCCAGCAAGCAGAGUGUGCUGCACCACAAAGUCAGACUGCACCCGAAGAAGGUACUGCUCCUAGUUCUUCUCAGCCAUCUCAUGAUCCCAACGUUGCCUUCUUGCAAAAUGUUGGUGAAAGCGUGGCAGCCAUGUUGAGUCCCCUUGGAAUCGAUGUAGACAUUGAUGUUGAACAUGGUGGUAAACGCAGCAAGAUUGCAACCCCACAGACUGGUUCUGAAGCUAGAGAUUCCCAACCAAACAGCUCAUCCUUCACCUCAAACCCACAGAACGGUGACAGCAGACCUGAAGUCAGCCCUGACUCUAUGGAUACAGAUUCCAUUGCUAAACGGAUGAAAGAAGUUUCUUUAAAUCCCUCGUCCCAAAGUGAAAAUGAACAAAAUGAACACAACAGCAGUGCUUCAGGUGGUGACGAUGACUGGACUCACGUCACCUCCAAAGAAGUAGACCCGUCCACUGGUGAGCUGCAGUCCCUUCAAGAAGACACAGAUGGGCCCAGUCCUUUAGACCCAAACAGAUCCACUUGUGUUCCCACAGGUCUCAGAGAGGCUGCUAUGUAUCCACACCUUCCAGCAGAAGCAGAUCCUCAACUCAUUGAAACACUAUCACAGAUGCUGUCCAUGGGUUUCACAGACGAGGGAGGCUGGCUCACCAGGCUACUGGAAGCAAAACAAUAUGACAUCGGGUCGGCUCUCGAUGCCAUGAAGUCUGUGCGGCAUCUUCCUCAGUAAUAGCAUCAGCGUGUUUUUGUUUCUAUCAUAACUCUGCCUUUCUUAGGUUGCAAAAAA